GGAAGGCAGACCUGGGACGCUGUGACGGGGGAACUGACGGGCAUUAGGAGGAUUUGGGAGUCUCUGGGAAGAGGACAUCAGAGCAGGCCUCACCUGAUAAAUAUUGUGGGACUGGUGACUGAUUCCUCUGCUGAAUCCUGACUUUUUUUCCCCACUGUCUGAUAAAACAUCAUUUAUCAUGAGAACAUUCAUUAAAUCAUGGAUUCCUCAGUGUCUGAAGAUUCUCAGGUCGCCUUGCAGAUCCUUCCAUGGAUACAAGAGGCUUCUGACAUCUCAGAUUAUUUCCCAUUAUGAUUCUAUAAACCAGUGUAAAAAGGAGCUGCCAGAAUACUUCAACUUUGCGAGUGAUGUCUUAGAUGAGUGGUCACAACUGGAAAAGGAUGGAAGAAAACCAGCAAAUCCAGCUUUUUGGUGGGUAAAUGAGGAGGGAGAGGAGGUGAAGUGGAGCUUUGAAGAGCUGGGAUUUCUCUCCAGGAAGGCAGCCAAUGUGCUCUCUGAGGCAUGUGGUUUGCAGAGAGGAGACAGAGUUAUAGCAGUUCUGCCUCGUGUCCCAGAGUGGUGGCUCCUCAAUGUAGCCUGUAUGAGAACAGGAAUUGUCCUUAUUCCAGGAACAUCCCAACUAACAGCCAAAGACAUCUUAUACCGACUCCAAGCUUCAAAGGCCAAGUGCAUCAUUACCAGUGACACACUGGCACCUGCAGUGGAAUCUGUUGUGUCUGACAGCCAGUUUCUGAAAAGUAAACUAAUUGUAGGCAAAGGGAGCAGGGCUGGGUGGCUGAACCUCAAAGAGCUCCUUGCGGUGGCAUCUGCUGACCAUAAAUGUGUCAAGACAAGAAGUCAAGACCCAAUGCUGAUCUAUUUUACCAGUGGAACUACAGGCUUUCCAAAAAUGGUGGUGCAGUCCCACAGCAGUUAUGGCAUCGGACUUGUAACUGGUGGCAGGCAUUGGAUGAACUUGACUCCUUCAGAUAUAAUGUGGAAUACCUCUGAUACUGGGUGGGCAAAAGCAGCUUGGGGCAGUGUUUUUGCACCAUGGAUCUGUGGAUCUUGUGUCUUUGUACACCACAUGCCACAGUUUAAGCCAGCAAUUAUUGCAGAGACUCUCUCAAGAUACCCCAUCACUACCUUCUGCACUGCUCCCACUGCCUACCGCAUGCUGGUCCAACACGAUCUGAGCAGGUACAAGAUGAUGAGUCUGAAACACUGCAUAUCUGCAGGGGAACCACUCAAUCCUGAAAUGAUGGCGAAGUGGAAAACCCAGACAGGGGUGGACAUCCAUGAAGGCUAUGGCCAGACUGAAUCAGUGACGAUCUGCGCCAACAUGAAAGGAAUGAAAAUCAAACCUGGCUCUUUGGGAAAAGCCGUUCCCCCUUACGAUGUGCAGGUACGUCGAUGCGUUGCAGUUGGGGGUAGGGGAGGAAGGAAUGCUGUCUGCGGCCCUUCUCUGUCCUGCACUACCUAUCUUUGUGUUUAAUGUGCUUCUGAACCCCCAUAAUAUUUGGGUAUUUGUCAGGAUAAUCCAGAGAAAACAGCUGCCUCUGUGCGUGGAGAUUUUUAUGUCACUGGGGACAGAGGGAUUAUGGAUGAAGAGGGAUACAUCUGGUUUGUUGGGAGAGAUGAUGAUAUCAUUAAUUCUGCUGGGUAUCGGAUUGGCCCCUUUGAAGUGGAAAGUGCUUUAAUUGAACACCCAGCAGUGGCAGAGUCAGCUGUGGUCAGCAGCCCUGAUCCAGAUCGAGGGGAGGUGGUCAAAGCCUUCAUAGUUUUAGCUCCUGCUUUUGCAUCACAUGAUCCAGAAAAAUUAACUCAGGAGCUUCAGCAGCAUGUCAAGAAAGUGACUGCACCUUACAAGUAUCCAAGGAAGGUGGAGUUUGUUCGGGAUCUGCCAAAGACAGUUAGUGGAAAAAUCCAGAGGAAGGUCCUAAGGAACAGAGAGUGGGGGAGAGAAUGACAAGGGUGAGAGUGCUCUGGAAAACAGGGAGAGAAAAGUUCCAUCGCUGAUACCAGCCAUAACACAUCAAAUUUGGCAUGUGGUCAUGUCCAAGAGCACUAGGAGAACAUACAGAAAAACAAGCUAAGGAAGAAAAAGGAGAAAACACUCAUAUGGCUUGAGGAUAUGUGGUAUUGAAACCUGUUUUGCCAUCAACCGACAAAUUCGGAAGACAGAAGUUGCAAAUAAUUCGGAGCAUGGAAUGGGAGAGAGAAAGGACACACCCAGAAGCCUAGA